GACGUUAGCUUAACCAUGCAGGCGAUCUCUCCUUCGUCUCCGCUCAAGUCUUUGCUCCUGACUCGGCGUCCACUCGCCCGAGUCACUCCCAAGAAACUCUCUGUUCAUUGCAUCUAUCGUUCAGAUCCCAUUCAUUUCCCCAACGGCAUUGGCUCCAGUCGAGCUGACUGGCAAACCUCUUGCGCUAUAUUAGCUAGCAGAGUUGUCUCUCAAGAGCAACCUACAGACAAAUCCAAUGGAGAUUACGGCAUAGAUGGUAGCGCCGACCAUGUCGCUGCUGUUAAUGGUCAUAAGACCUCUGUCGACCUUAAUUUAGUCCCUCUGAACAAAGGCUCUAGUGAAGAUAACAAUAAGGCCAUGAAGCCUUUAACUAUUACAGAUCUCUCACCGGCUCCUAUGCACGGGUCUCAUCUCCGUGUAGCUUAUCAGGGAGUUCCUGGGGCAUAUUCAGAGGCUGCAGCAGGAAAAGCUUAUCCGAACUGUGAAUCUAUUCCUUGCGAUCAAUUCGAGGUUGCUUUCCAGGUGGUGGAGCUCUGGGUUGCAGAUCGUGUGGUUUUACCAGUUGAGAAUUCUCUUGGCGGAUCAAUUCACAGAAAUUAUGAUUUGCUCCUCCGGCAUCGCCUACAUAUCGUCGGCGAAGUACAAUUACCGGUCCACCACUGUCUCUUAGCCCUCCCUGGCGUCCGCAAAGAGAACAUUACUCAAGUGAUCUCUCAUCCUCAAGCACUCGCACAGUGCGAGCUAAGUCUCUCUAAACUCGGACUAAAUGCCGCCAGGGAGGCAGUAGAUGACACAGCUGGAGCUGCACAGCACAUAGCAGCCAACAACCUUCGCGACACAGCGGCCAUAGCAAGUGCACGGGCGGCGGAGCUGUAUGGACUACAGAUACUGGCUGACGGAAUCCAAGACGACUCAAGCAACGUAACGCGAUUCGUGAAAGAUCGGGAAGAAGAAGAAGAAGGAGAAGAAGGAGAUUGGAAAACUUAUAAGCUGUCGGCAUCAACUCUGCAAGGUAUCUUGAUAAGUGUUCCAUAG